CGGGUGUUUCUGACAGGAUUUUCUACGGCGCUUUGGGGGCGACUUUUUGGUCUUCCGCCUUUUGCCACCGCCCCCCAACCUCCCACACCCCUGCAGGCCCUGCCUCUUCUUGUGUCGCUCCUCCCCGGCCGCCGAGCCCAGGGCUUAGAUCGCAAUCUGGAUCCGGAUCCGGGCCUAGCCCUUCCGCGGGCUGCUACCUCCUCGGGCUCGGGUGGGAGCUGCAGCCGAGCGCGCGGGGCCUUCGCCGCUCCGGCCCGGAGCUUCUGGGCGGGCAGUGCCGGUAGGCCCUGCUGAGCCCUUCCCCGAGGACAACCUUGUGACUUAAGAGCUCUGUUGAUAAUCAAGAAGUAACUUUGUUGGGCUGGAAAGAUAAUACAGGGGUUAGCCCUUGCCUUGCAUGUGGCUAAUCGCUAUUCGAUCCCUGGCACUUCAUGGUCGCCUGGGCACUGCCAGGAGUGAUCCCUGAGACAGAAUCAAGAUUAAACCCCUAGCACUGUCAGGUAGAAGAAUACAUGUCCACUUAUAGUGAACAAGAGCAUGUUCCCAAACUCAAUUUUGGGUCGCCCGCCUUUCACUCCAAACCAUCAACAACAUAACUUUUUUGCCCUGUCACCAACUCUUUAUUCACACCAGCAACUUUUAGAUGCACAAUUCAAUUUUCAGAAUGCAGAUUUGUCUAGAGCUGUGUCAUUACAGCAGUUGACAUAUGGAAAUGUCAGUCCAAUACAGACCUCAGCUUCUCCAUUAUUUCGAGGAAGGAAGAGAUUAAGCGAUGAAAAAAACCUUCCUCUUGAUGGUAAACGGCAACGUUUCCAUUCACCCCACCAAGAGCCAACUAUAGUUAACCACUUAGUGCCUUUAUCAGGUGACAGAAGAUAUUCAAUGCCGCCAUUGUUUCAUACACACUAUGUACCAGAUAUAGUCAGAUGUAUUCCACCUUUUCGAGAAACACCAUUUUUAGAACCUAGAGAACUCACACUGCCUGAGGCCAAAGAUAAGCUGAGUCAACAGAUAUUGGAGUUAUUUGAAGCAUGUCAGCAGCAAGUAAGUGACUUAAAGAAGAAAGAAUUAUGUCGAACACAACUACAGAGAGAAAUUCAGAUGUUAUUUCCACAAAGCAGACUCUUUUUGGUUGGGUCCUCUUUAAAUGGAUUUGGUACCAGGAGUAGUGAUGGUGAUUUAUGCUUGGUUGUUAAAGAAGAACCGUGUUUUUUUCAGGUAAAUCAGAAGACUGAAGCACGGCAUAUACUCACCUUAGUCCAUAAACACUUCUGUACUAGACUUUCUGGCUACAUUGAGAGACCUCAGCUAAUAAGAGCAAAAGUGCCAAUUGUCAAGUUCAGGGAUAAAGUCAGUUGUGUGGAGUUCGACUUGAAUGUAAACAAUAUUGUUGGAAUAAGAAAUACAUUCCUUCUAAGAGCUUAUGCAUAUCUUGAAAAUCGAGUGCGUCCAUUAGUUCUGGUGAUUAAGAAGUGGGCAAAUCACCAUGAGAUAAAUGAUGCCAGUCGUGGUACUUUAAGCAGCUAUAGUCUUGUGUUGAUGGUUUUGCACUAUUUACAAACCCUACCUGAACCCAUCCUUCCAUCCAUCCAAAAAAUUUACCCAGAAUCUUUUAGUCCUGCUAUACAGCUGCACCUUGUACAUCAAGCUCCAUGUAAUGUUCCUCCUUACCUCUCAAAAAAUGAAUCAAAUCUUGGGGACCUCUUACUGGGCUUUCUUAAAUACUAUGCUACAGAAUUUGACUGGAAUAGUCAAAUGAUUUCAGUUCGUGAAGCCAAAGCCAUUCCCAGGCCUGAUGGUAUUGAAUGGAGAAAUAAAUACAUCUGUGUAGAAGAACCUUUUGAUGGAACAAAUACAGCCAGAGCUGUGCAUGAAAAGCAGAAGUUUGACAUGAUCAAGGAUCAGUUUUUAAAGUCAUGGCACAGAUUGAAGAACAAAAGAGAUUUGAACAGUAUACUACCAUUAAGAACUGCUAUCCUGAAAAGAUAAUUGACCUCUCUUUUUAAUAAAUUCUUCUGAGAAAUAAAGAACAAAAGUAACAUCAUAAUACAUUUUAUUUACCUCCAUCAUGAUUUCUUUUUGAUUGUUCUUGCUUUCAUGUUUUAUUUUUUAAAGGACAUACUAUAUAAAGAUUGCAUAUUUUAUUAUGACAUUUCCUAAUAAAACCCUUUGAUUUAAAGGUG